CGCAACCGACCUCGAGUCAAGUCCUUGUCCGCGUCCAACCGCCUGUUCAAGAGAGGAAGAUUCUGCGGAAAAUAUCACACAACUUUUCAGCAACAAAAAGAGCAUUCUUCCGAAUCAUUCCUCAGCAGGCGCCUUUUUGCAGCAGUCACAGGAGUUUUCCACGCAUCAGCAUCUCCCAGCCUUACUUCACCUUCCGCUCUCAACCGCUCAGGCUUCGCCAUGGGUCGUGGUCAGAUGUCCGGCGGCGGGAGCAGCCAGCUGAACUAUCUCUUUGGAGGCGGAGAGGAGCCAGUGGCCCCUUACACCAAGGGUGGGAGGGGGAGGGUCCGCGAGCAGGCGGAAGUGACUGCUAAGCCUGGCACUCAGACCUCUGCGCCUCUCGCUCACCAGGAGCCCAACCUGAUUGCAGCAAAUGAAAGCCAUAACUCUCUGUCCUUCAGCGAAUACAAGAAGCCAGAGCAAUUGGGGAGGAACAACAACAACUAUGUCAGGGUCGAGGGUCAGAACACCGGCAACUUUAUCACGGAUCGUCCAACGUCGAAGGUUCUAGCUGCUCCAGGAGGGGGUUCUUCACUGGGCUACUUGUUCGGGAACUAGGUCAACAUUGAGAGCAUUCUUUGAGCAUGUAUACUAGGCAAUGCUGGGAUGCAAAUAAGAGCUACAACACAGGGUCAAGUUCAGGAUUGACUCGACACUUUUCUGAGAGUAUCCGCAGUGGAGUACAAUAGUAACAGUUUACGCGCCCUCCGCGGUUGUGAGAACUCGAGUUGAAAGUAUAGUGAUUACGUAGCAAGGAGUUGUACAUAGGUCCCUGUUCUACAGACAAAUCGAAAAAGGCACUCUAUGAUAUACUUAGGUAGCACAAUUGACCAACGGCCCUUUGUGGUUGUUACACAUUCAUUCUGAAUGCAGAGCUAGGUUACAGCCCUACAACAAGCACCAAGUUUUCAGAUUUCUACUCAGGACUCUGAACGCAAUGUCCAACAAACUGAGCAGCCUUGAAAGCUAAAUCAGGUUGAGUUAUCAAUUUCCUGCAUCUUUUGAGCAACAAAGCAUGCUUUGCAAGCUUGUCAACG